UUGACCUGACCCGCAGCUGCUUCUGGCUUCUGCUACCCAACUGACUCCGACCGUGGCGGAGGCCACCGGCGGCAUCAGCCUGCCAUUGCCGACUACUCACAGAAUCACAUAUUCCCCGGCGCUGGCCUCUCGCAUGCACGAGCACACGCCAUGCUCAGGCACCUAACCAAAAACCCAUUGCUCCCGCUCCGAUGCCGCCGCCUCCUCCAUCCCAACCGGCUCUGUGCCACCGCCACAUCGUCGGCGGCCGCCGGUGAGAUCACGCCGUUUCCCGCCGCAAACGAGACUCCCCUCGAAGAUGACCUCGCGGAGGAGUUGCGCAGCCGCCUCGUGCGCGACACCUGCAGGCUGCUCGAGCUCCGGGACUCGUGGAGCGCCAAGCUGGAGGCGCAGCUCCGGCACCUCCUCCGCGCGAUGACCCCGUCGCAGGUCCGCGCCGUGCUGCGCGCGCAGGCGCAGCGGGACGCUCGCGCCGCGUUCGAGUUCUUCCGCUGGGCUGACCGCCAGUGGAAGUACCGCCACGCCCCGGAGGUGUUCGACGAAAUGCUGGUGCUCCUCAGCCGCACCAGGCUCCACGACCCGGCGCGCCGCGUCAUGCGCCUCAUGAUCCGGCGUGGCAUGCCCCGGGGCACGCGGCAGUUCGCGCACCUCAUGCUCUCGUACAGUCGCGCUGGGAAGCUCCGCUCCGCCAUGCGCGUGCUCCAGCUCAUGCAGAAGGAUGGGUGUGCGCCUGACAUAUGUAUAUGCAACAUGGCGGUGAAUGUGCUUGUUGUGGCCGGACGCAUCGACAAGGCACUCGAGUUUGCUGAAAGGAUGCGUCGUGUUGGGGUUGACCCGGACGUGGUCACGUACAAUUGCCUAAUCAAGGGAUUGUGCGGAGCUCGUCGUAUCGUUGAUGCACUGGAGAUGAUCAGCUCAAUGCUGCAAAAUGGGUGCCUGCCAGAUAAGAUUAGCUACUUUACAGUGAUGAGCUUCUUGUGCAAGGAGAAGAGGGUGGCAGAUGUGCAGAAUUUGCUUGAGAGGAUGAGUGAUGCAGGUAUAUUUCCAGAUCAGGUCACGUAUAACAUGCUUAUUCAUGGUCUUGCAAAGCAUGGUCAUGCAGACGAGGCAUUGAGUUUCUUGAGGGAGUCAGAGGGGAAAAGAUUCCGUGUUGACGAGGUCGGCUAUAGUGCGACUGUGCAUUCAUUUUGCUUGAAUGGUAGGAUGGCAGAGGCAAAGGAAAUUAUAGGCGAGAUGAUUUCAAAGGGGUGCCGCCCUGAUGUUGUAACAUAUAGUGCGGUUGUAGAUGGAUUCUGCCGGAUUGGGGAACUCGAUCAGGCAAGAAAGAUGAUGAAGCAUAUGUAUAAGAAUGGUUGCAAGCCCAAUACAGUCACGCAUACUGCACUGUUAAAUGGGCUUUGCAAAGUUGGGAAAUCUUCAGAAGCAUGGGAAUUGCUAAACAAGAGCGAAGAAGAGUGGUGGACUCCAAGUGCUAUCACAUACAGUGUUGUUAUGCAUGGAUUUCGGAGGGAAGGGAAGUUAAAGGAAUCAUGUGAUGUUGUAAUGCAGAUGUUGCAGAAGGGUUUCUUCCCCACAACAGUGGAGAUUAACUUGUUGAUUCACGCAUUAUGCAAUGAACGAAAACCAGCAGAUGCCAAAGACUUCAUGGAGCAGUGCCAAAGCAAGGGCUGCUUCAUUAAUGUUGUUAACUUCACUACUGUAAUUCAUGGAUUUUCUAGGCAGGGUGAUCUGGAAUCAGCACUAUCUUUGCUGGACGACAUGUAUCUGACCAACAGGCAUCCUGAUGUUGUUACAUACACUGUUGUUGUUGAUGCUUUAGGAAGGAAAGGUAAAAUGAAAGAAGCAACAUCACUUGUAGAGAAAAUGCUUAAUAGAGGUUUGCACCCUACACCUGUCACAUACAGGACUGUGAUACAUAGAUAUUGUGAAAAGGGUGCAGUUGAAGAUUUACUCAAUCUUCUGGAUAAGAUGUUAGCAAAAGAAGGGUUUAGUAGUGCAUAUAAUCAGGUCAUUGAGAAGCUAUGUGCAUUUGGUAAACUUAGUGAGGCUAACAAUCUCCUCAGCAAGGUACUAAGAACUGCCUCAAAAAGAGAUGCUCAAACAUGCCACAUUUUGAUGGAUAGUUUUCUGAAUAGAGGACUCCCACUUCAAUCAUAUAAUGUGGCCUGCCGCAUGUUCCAGAGAAACUUAAUUCCUGAUCUUAAAUUAUGUCAAAAGGUUGACAGUCAGUUGGCCCUAGCGGGUGAGAAACAAGCUGCUGGAAAGCUUAUCAUUAAGUUUGUUGAAAGAGGUAUUCCAGAACAAGAAAAACAAGAUUACUAAUUUGUAUCAUAGUCCUCUGGUAUUACCUGUCUUUAUUGAGAGGACAGUUGAGCUUUAGUGAACAAUCCAUUGCAUCCUAAUCAAGGAAAUUAUAUGGUUUUGUACCUUAUAUGGAGACUCAAGCCGAGGGUACAUCUCAUGAGUCUUAAAUGUACAGUAACAUAUCAUCAGCUCUUACUGGACCUGAAAAUGUAUGCAGCCUGGUGCCACUUUCAGUUUGGUGACUGGCGUGAACAUGCAUAAUGGUGAGGAGGUGACUGUGAACCUGGUUUACGACAAAACAACUUCUGCAUGAUUUUAGUGUCAACCAAUAUCAAGGUGACCAGUUCUAAGUUGGGAGUUAAUUCCAGCUGGAGUAAUUGGAAUCUGUGAUUAGAUGGAAAACUGGAGUAAUAUCCUUGCUGCAUAUUAGGAGUUGGGAAAACUGGAGUAGUAGCCUUGUUUCAUAUUAGAAACUGGGAAAAUUACUACACAAAUUUUCCUGUAUAGAAAGCUUUUCAGAUUCCUGCAAUCUUAUGGUUAAGAGGUGUUGGAUCACCUGAUCUGUUUGAUCAGAUAGCUUAGCUUCUGAGAUAACCGACCAAGGUGCAUAAGAACCAGUGGCAUAUGAGAGCUGUCAAACUUGCCUUGCUGCAUGCACUGGUGAUAGCUUCUAUCUGCCGUCACCCCACACUAACUGGCAGGCACCUGUUCGCCGGCAGCGUUUGGAAACAAUGUCAGGCACACAUGCAAUGGACAUAGUGAGCAUCCAAACCUCGUGAUGCCACUGAAUGCACUCACUUAAAAGAGGACAAUCAAGAGACACACAUGCCUAACUGUUUUUACAUGGACUUAAAUGUUCUGCUGGAGUUUUUCUAAUAUCAUGUAAUUACUCUCUCUGACUUGUUUCUAAUCCUUUGAUCUUGUAAUCCUAGACCAUGUGUGUUUUCUAGCGUCGCACUAAGUUUUGUGUGAAGAUUUUUUCCCCUGAAAUUUUAUCUACCAUUA